AUGGGUAUCAGUCCGCAAAUCACCAACCUGAUGAUCAUCCUUGGUAUGAUGCAAGUCACCAAGAAGAUCCCCUUUGAAGAUGAGAACGUGCUCAACAUUGUGCGCGCCAUCUACAUUGGCAGCAACCUCAUCAUCGCCGGUCUUUACUUCUACAUCCAGCUUCAGAUCAACAAGAAGAAGGACAUGACCACCCUCAAGUACGUUGAACCCGCACCGAUGGGCUCUUCCGAAGAGGGCAAGCUCGUCACCACCACGAUCUGCGCCUACGACCUCAACCAGCUUCGCCAGGCCUGGCGUGGCCAGCUGAUGGGUGUCGCCAUGAUGUCGUUCAUGCACCUUUACAUGAAGUACACCAAUCCCCUGGUUAUCCAGAGCAUCAUCCCCGUCAAGUCCGUCAUUGAGAGCAACCUCUUCAAAAUCCAUGUCCUCGGCCAUCCCGCCUCUGGCGACCUCAAGCGACCUUUCAAGCAGGCACAGGGCUUCAUGAGCGCCAUGCAGCAGGGAGGCGGCUCCGUCCAGAGCGACAAGAAGGCUGUCGAGGCCGCUGAGAAGGCUGGCCGCGGCGGUGCCAAGGAGGAGUAA